AUGUCUUUGUCUGGAAGACAGAGAGGCGCUUUUUCGAGGAUCGCGCUUCGGUUGCUGAGAAGAAGGAACACCAACGCGUUAUUCAGUUCGUCUUCUUCGUCUUCUUUCGCUCCGAGGAGCAAUACUACCGUGUACGCUUUGUCGUGCGCAGAUGAAAGAAUGUGCAACGACGUCAAAAAAAGGGGAGACUUGCGUGACCUCCAGAUGCCUUUGUUUGGUUUGGGGAGGAGUUUUGCCGCCGCCGCCGACGCGUCCUCGGUCGUCGCGAGGAAGAAGAAGACGCUGAAAACCGGCGCGGUCGUUGGGACGACGACGAAUGCGAGUUCUUCUUCUUCUUCCUCUUCUGCUUCGAAUAAUGCGACGACGAAUUCGAUGACGAGAAGACAGACGAAAAAAUUGGACUUAAAUCCACCGACGAUUCCGGGGGUGUUUGAUUCCAUCGAAGACGCGGCGUGGAACGCCGCCGUGGCCGAGGUGGAACGAGAGAGGGAAUUAGAAGAUAUUGGGGAGGAGGACGUGCGAUACGAUGAGAAUGGGAACGUUUUGAAUAACCCCGCCGCCAGAGAAGAAUAUAGGAAUACCGCCGCCGCCGCGAGUAAUAGCGGUAAUAGUCCUUUGAGUCGAUUCGAUUACUCGUUACCGGUUCGAGCGUAUUAUUUAGGAUCGACGGUGGACUUUCGGCGCUUGGCGAGGGAGUUGCCGACGUACCCGAAGGAGUUUACCAGAGAGUGCGUGGUGAUUCGGUUAGCUGCGAGACGGUCGGUGGAGUUAGCGUCGGGCGGUGUUGGCGGUAACAGCAGCGUUAGUCAUUUAGUGAACAGUGGUAGUAGUAGUAGUAGUAGUAGUAGUAGUAGUAAUGUUAACGACGAGAGAAAGCUGAACACGUUGGCGAGUUUAAGGGAAGCGGCGGAGGAGGUGUUGAAUAAGAGGAAGAAAGGCGUUCUUAAGGGAGAGAAUGGUGAGCAUAUUUUGGAACAGAAAGAUAUGGAAACGUCCACGAGCGCAGAGGAGACGACGACAGCGACAGCAGCAGCUACAACAACGACAACAUCCCCGUCCCAAAGAGGAGUCGGUAUUCCGAGCACGGAUUUGAUGCGAUACAUGGUUGUUUUCAAAUUCGGUUCGGUGGUUUUUUAUAACGUCGGCGCUCAGGAACGCGAGGAGUGUUUGGAAUUGACGAGAAACUUUGUCGAAUCGCCGUUGGCUUACCCGAUGAAAGAAGAUUAUUUAGUGAAGGUAUCGCCACGGUUAGACGAGUGGGCAAAAUUAGAAUCCGAUCACAUUGUUCUGAAGCGGUUAGACGUGAACAACAUUAGUGUCAUUAGCGCGGUGUUGGCGCAAACGGUGGCGUUGGAGCACUACGAACACAAAGUUGACGCGAUGGUUGAGAUCUUCUCGAAACUGAAUAAGAGUACCGAAUUGACCGGAGAUUUGAACAUUUCCAAGAAACGAUUGUUUUCGUUAGUCGCGGAAAAUAACAACACGUUGACGGAAUUGAUCACCAGGUUAGGUUUGUUGGGAAGAUCGGACACGGCGUGGCAAUACGCGCAGUAUAACAUCGUUUGGGAAGGAUUGAGACAAGAUUUCGAAUUGGAAGAUCGGUUCCAGGAUUUGGAUUACAAGUUGAACUUGAUUCAAACGCAAGUGAAGUUCUAUUUGGAGAUUUUGCAGAAUAGAAAGAGCGACUUCUUGGAGUGGACGAUUAUAGUUUUGAUCGCCUUAGAAAUUUGCGUGUCGUUGUACGACAUGAGCGAUAAACUUCCGAGCUUGCCGUUUUAG